AUGGCAAUUAAUAGUGCUGAGGAAUGGCUAGAAAAAGCCAUUAAUACAAACCAUAUUACUUUAUUUGACCACCAAAAUCUCAAACUAUGCGAGUCUCUUGGCGAAGGAAGCUCUGGUCAAGUUAGGCGCGCCGAAUGGAAUCACAACCUUGCUUUAACGCUAAAUGUUGCUGUGAAAAGUUUAAAAGGAUUGCAAAAUUCUACUGCUGAUAAAGACUACCGAGAAAUGGUUAAAGAGUUACAACUCUUACAAGACACUACAAUGUCCCCAAACGUGGUACAAUUCUACGGAGUAACCAAAGAACCUGAUGGUAUGAACUCGAUGUCAGUUGUUCGUGGGCAUCCACCAUACAUCGAGCCAUUGUGUUUCAAGGGAAACUACUGGCCUGAUGCAAGAUCCGAUAUUUAUAGCCUUGGAGUGGUAUUAUGGGAAUUAUCUAGUGGUCGGCCACCAAUGACACAUAUCAGUCCAUCAGCAAUAGGAUAUAAUGUUGUAAUGGGCAUGCGUGAAUCUCCAAUUACAGGAACACCCGAUGGCUAUGUGCAGUUAUAUACAGAAUGUUGGGAUGGCAAACCAGAAAAUCGACCAAAUAUCGACAGUGUUUAUAAGAGACUGAAAUUUAUCGGGUGGCCAGAAGAACAGGAUGUCUAUGACGAAGGAUGGAUAUUUGCGAGUCUCUUGGCAAAGAGUUCGGCAAAAUAUGGCGUGCAAAAUGGAAUCCCAAUCCUUUGA